AUGGAAGACAAUAGUGCCUCGAGUGAUACUUCAUCGGAUUUCUUUGACUUUUCUGACUCCGACAGUGGUGAUUUUGACUUUGUAUUUGAUGAGAAUGGAUCUCAUGGAGAUGAGGAAUUAAAUAGGCCUGAUGAUGAAAUUGUUGGGAUAGCUCCUUAUAUGUAUGAGCCAGAACCCCUACCAGACGAUGUAGUAGAGAGGGAUCAGCCACUACCAAUGGCAAUACCAAUGGAAGUUGGUGAACAUGUGGAAGAGCUUGAUUAUACAGUUCUUGAAAAUUGGUGCACCUGUGACAAUUGCCAGGUACAACAUACAAGGGCGAAGUGCGUCUGCUGUCGGGAUAUCAACGAAUACCGAGCCAAGUUAACAGAAGAUGAGAACGCACCAACAUGUAUCACCGCACAGAAAGGGUUCAAUUCAGUAUGCAUUAAUGAAGACGUCCUGGAAACAGCUUGGUAUCAAUAUAGACAACAAUAUGGUAAAAAUGCCCACAGCAAUGGACCAAGACACCGACGUUUACGCCAUAUAGCAUAUCGACAGUUAGUGCGGUGGUGCUACGGCUACUUGGGAAAAGAUAUAAGAGUGGUUCUUCCAUCAUGUGCUGUAAGCAAAAUUAGAGCCUUUUUCCCUCCACCAGGACUUGAAGAAAAUUUUCAAUUUGUUGGAUUCCAAGAUGCCAUAGACAUUGAGUAAAAGCAAUGACCACAAUGGGCGAGUUCAGAAUUCUGU